AUGAGUCAAUACUACUCCAAUCCAUUUAAUUACUAUCAAAAUGGCGGUCAAUUGAUGCCAUACGAAGCAAGAGACGGGAACACCGAUACAAUAAUUAAUGCUUUUUAUAGCACCGGCUUUAACCCGGAAUCUAAUGAGCUAUCGGUUCCUAAAAGCACUUGUUAUGAACAAAAUGGUGAGGCAUUCAAUCUGCUUGCACUUCACAGCCAUCCAUACAAUUAUUGUGAUGAAUACAGCACUUUCUAUACUCAACACAUUAACGAAAGUCAAACCCAAUUUAACGAAAUGCAAAUCAACACAAAUAGCACUUCAAAUGCAAUUAAUAGUAAUACAAAUGAGUCUGAAAUGCAGUACUGGUCAUCACCAGCCACUCCAGCUAUUAGUCAGUUCAAUAUGUCGUCUAUAAUGUCUCCACGCAUUCAAAAUCUUUCUAAUUUUUGUCUACCAGUUUGUCAUCAAAACAUAACAAAUAGAAAUGAAAUGACUCCUAAAAAUCAAUUAAAUGAAUUAUCCAAAUAUUCAAACAGUAAUUCACUGGAAAUGGGUUUUAAUAAUCACGACAACACUCAUAUCAAAACUGAUUGCAAUUUAAAUACAAUGACAGCUAAAAAUGAUUCACAAAUACUAAAGUAUACAAUAAAAGCCAAUUUAAUUUCAGUUGACAAAUUUAUUGAAAAUCAAUCUUCAAGUCAAUGUGCGAAACCUCGAAGUAGACGUAAACCUCGGAUCUUAUUCUCUCAGGUUCAGGUCCAUGAAUUGGAGCGAAGAUUUAAACAACAAAGAUAUCUUUCAGCUUCUGAAAGGGAGGAAUUGGCUAUGAUUUUAAAGCUAACUUCAACUCAAAUUAAAAUUUGGUUUCAGAAUCGUCGGUACAAAUGUAAACGUCAGAGAAUGGACAGGGAGUCCAACCAACACGUCAUACCUAUUGGUCACAUAAGAAGUAAAGUCGAAUCCUUACCAUUAAACCAAUUCCCCCGACGUAUGUCUGUUCCGGUUCUUGUCUCAAUGAUUGCUAUUUAUGAGAGACUGUCUUCUGGAGUAUCGCUACUUUUGGAUGUGACUUCAUCAUUAAAGUUAAAGAGGAGGUGUAACACAAUUAUUGAUAUAAGUGUUCAGCCAAUUGUCGCUGAAGUAGAUAUCAGUGAUUGUGUAAACAAGUAA